GAGAAAGGUGAAAGUAACCUAGAAAAUAAAGGGAAAAGCUUAGUGAUGGUCACAGAUGGAAGUAACAAAACUGUCUUAUGCUUUUUUAUAUAGAAAAAGUUAGCACUUGUCACACACUGUCACUUAUGCACUAUAUAAUAGGUAGCAUUGCCUCUUUAUCUUUUACUAGAUCAGAUUGAAAAUUGAACUUAAACUAUGUCAAGAACUUCAACACUUCUCUACUACUUGGUGGCCUUUUGCUCCAUCAUACUCAUAGAUGGUGCUCAACUAAUUCUAGUGAACAAUUGUGGAGAAAGUGUAUGGCCAGGGAUACUAGGAGGCUCAGGGCAACAGACACCAAAAGAUGGUGGAUUUCAUCUAGGUAGCGGCGACGAAGUAGUAUUAGAUGUACAAGAAAAAUGGUCAGGAAGAAUAUGGGGAAGACAAGGCUGCACUUUCGACAACGACGGAAACGGCCACUGUCUAACAGGUGAUUGCUUUGGUAAACUACAAUGUGCAGGAUUAGGAGGAGUUCCACCAGCAACAGUAGUUGAAAUGACACUAGGAUCAUCAUCUUCACCACUACAUUUCUAUGAUGUGAGUUUAGUUGAUGGUUUCAAUUUACCUGUUUCAAUGAAACCUGUUGGUGGUGGAAUUGGUUGUGGAAUAGCUUCUUGUGAAGUUGAUUUGAAUGUUUGUUGUCCAUCAGCACUUGAAGUGAAGAGAAAUGGGAAAGUUGUUGGUUGUAAAAGUGCUUGUUUGGCUAUGCAAUCUGCUAAAUAUUGUUGCACUGGAGAUUAUUCUGAUCCUAAAACUUGUAAACCUACACUUUUUGCUAAUCUCUUUAAGGCUAUUUGCCCUAAAGCUUAUAGUUAUGCUUAUGAUGAUACUAGUAGUCUUAAUAGAUGUAGGGCUCCAAGAUAUGUUAUCACUUUCUGUCCUCCGCCGCAGUGACCGGAAUUCGGAUGCCGAAAUGAAGUUGAAGAAGCUGCUGUCAAAAUAUUGCAAAGAUUAUGUUUUUAGUUAUAGUGAAGAACUAAAUAUUUUAGUAUUACUUCUGUUUUUAAUUUGCAUAGUUAUGUUUUUAAGUUUUUUUCUUCAUGUUCUUGAAUAGUUAUUGUUCUUGAUCAUUAUAGUUUAAAACAAGGAUAGAUUGAUAAUAAAUAGAAUUUUACUCUUUUCUCUA